UAUCAAAGUACCUGAGUAGGUAGUGAGUACCAGUUUCUUUCUUCUAUAUUGUCCAACAACACAGUCUUUUAUCGUCGUAACAGUCAUUUCGUGGUCCGACGUUUUUGACUUGUUAGAAUACUCUGAAGGAUGGUCAAUGUGAAGAGACUGCCGUCACUGUCGCCCGAAGAACCAAAAUCCCAUCAUGUAGGAAACCCCCCAAAGGGAUUCCACAACCCAUGGCCUUCGUUCAACCCUCACCACGGCGGUUUGAUGGGUGGUUUCAAACUACGGUUUGGCCGGGACAGACCUGAAUUCGUCCCCGUCCCUGACGAUCGAGAGGGUCUGGUCCCUGUCCGGAAAGUCGACUUGACGAAUCCCAACCCGGCCUUCAAAGUGACGUGGAUCGGUCAUGCGAGUUUCUUGUUACAGACGUCUCGACCACCGGACGGUGGUGGUGCCACAAGCCGCGGGAUCAACAUCCUGUGCGAUCCGGUCUUUUCGGAGAGGACGUCUCCGUUCACGUGGUUGGGCCCGAAGAGAUACACUCCCACGCCGUGCACUUUGACGGAGCUCCUGGAAUCGGUCCCCAUCGACGUGGUCAUGAUCAGUCACAACCACUACGACCACGCCGACGAAGCGACCCUGAAAGCCGUCUACGCGAAGAGAUCCUCCGACGUUCGUUUUGUCGUCGGUCUGCACAACGCUCGAUGGCUGACUUCGUUCGGUAUCGAUCCAUCCCACAUCAUCGAGCUGGAUUGGUGGGACGGUGUCGAGAUCGGUGCUGAAGAAAAUGUUGGAACGGUACGAAUCACUUGUACGCCCACUCAACACUUUUCAUCGAGAUGGAUCAAUGAUAGGAACCACGACUUGUGGUGUUCGUACGCCAUUCAAGAUCUCAAUGACAACAAGAACGUAUACUUUGCGGGAGACACGGCUUAUCGAAGUAUUCCCAACCGACACAUGACCAGAGAAGAAGAGGAUGCGCAACCGGUGUGUCCUACCUUCAAGAAAGUCGGGGAGUUGUUGGGACCCUUUGAUUUGGCUCUACUGCCCAUCGGACUGUGCGAACCCCGGGAUUUCAUGUCUGGUGUUCAUGCGAAUUCUUGGGAUUCGAUACGGAUCCAUCAGGAUGUACAAAGUAAGAGGUCGAUAGGAAUGCACUGGGGAACUGUGCGCGGUGGGUUGUCCAUGCACUAUGAAGACGUGAGAACACCACCCAGGAAUUGGAAGAUUGCGGCAGAAGAAGCAGGGCUGAAAUGGGGUAAAGAGAUCGGAUUGAUGGAUAUUGGAGAGACUUUGGUAUUAGAUUGAGGUUUGAUUGUUGAGGUACUGUACAUAUACGGAGUACUCGGUAAUGGUGUAGUUUGUGCCAUGAUUAGAUUUGUGCUGAUGACGACCU